AUGUCCUCGGCUGCCGCCAACAGACCUGCAGGUGCCAUGAAUGCACAACGGCCUACUCGAUUUGGAGAUUUCCCCACUGCCCCAGGCAGGCACAAUAGCGAUGACAGAACGUCGCAAAGUUCAACGCUUGGCCAAACUUUUGGAAAUGGUGGUACAUGGCAGCCUUCGAGUGGAAUCUGGGGUAGUAACACAAUCGGGAGUGGUUUUGCCAAUACGAAGCGAGAUGCCUCGCGCUCUCGAGCAGCAGAUAAUGAAAACUUCUCCGAUGCCCCCAGUGGUUCGGGUGCCUUAGCAGCAUCUUCAGAAGCCGACCCUUGGGGUGCUCGUGCAAAUGGGCCUUGGAAUCCUCCAGAUACAACAUCUCCAACAUUGCAGUCCUCGCAUAGCGGAAGUACUUCUCCUUCUCACGUCCGCAACAAUAUUCCGUCACAAACACCACAAAGUCUGCACGAGUUGCAACCAUACCAACAAUCAAGACCUGCGAUUGGACAAGGAGCUAGUUUCGGUCGACCACAGCCGAAGAGUAGUUUGGAUCCCUCCUCUGGAAGUUUCAAAUUUUCGCGCAAGCCUUCCUUUGGAUUCAACGACGACAAGGAAAAUUCCUCCCAAUUCUCGUCUAAUCAAGAUGGUGCAUAUGACAUUGAUGUUUCAUCCAGGGCCUUCAGAAUGGAUCAACUAACCUCUCAAAACGGAGGCUUCCUUGGUAUAGGCUCGGCUUCAAGGGAUGGAAGUAUGCCACCCUCCAGAACCUCGGAGGCUGGCCUCAACAAUCUAUCGUUUGGCAACGGAAAUGCAAGCUUUGGCUCCAUUGGUGGCCAUACUCCUAGCAACUCGAUCCACUCCCAUCGUCCUUCUUUCUCGACAAUUUCGGGCUCGUUUGCACAACCCAAUUCAUCGAGAUAUGGUGACCAUAUCACGCAGACGGAAGCCGAACUACGAGAGAAGCUUGCAGGACUUGGCUUGACCAACGAUAUUGAUCAAGCCAGCGCAUCUCAGAUCGGCAACGUUAUGAGUUCUUCAUAUUCUCCAACGAAUCAGAACUUUAAUCCUCAAGCUUUCCAGGUUAAUGGUAGUUCAGCCAUGUGGAAUGAUGGGUCAAGCGGUCCCAAGGUCAACAAUUAUGAUCAUUUCUCAAACCAAGCACCUUUUGCAGACCAAGGCUAUCUCACCAAAGGGCCCAGAUUUGAUCGGGGUUCUGUCUCUCCUGCGUCAAGCGACUACCGUCGUGGCCUCAAUAGUCCUAAAUACUAUUCCGGCACUCCUCCGACAGGACCUGAACAAAUUUACCGACCAAGCUCAAGGGCAGGUCCGAGAAUACCUCAAGGCCCAAGUGAACUAGACCGUAGACUUCAACACGUCCAGUACUCUCAACAUCAAGCAUACCUUUACAGCAGUGGUAAUUUCCAAAGCCAGUAUCCGCCACAUUUGUACGAUUACCCGCCCCCAAAUUUCAGACAAACGAGCGUAGCACCAUAUGGUUAUCCUAUGCCAUUACCCCCUUACCCGGCACAAAACAUACCCACUCGCCCAGCCAAGGAUCAAGAUGUUGGGCUUGGAGUUAGAAGCGUACUCUUGGAAGAAUUUCGCUCAAAUGCCAAAUCCAGCAAAAGAUACGAGUUGAAGGACAUCUAUCAACAUGUCGUAGAAUUCAGUGGAGAUCAGCAUGGGUCACGAUUCAUUCAGCAAAAGUUGGAGACAGCUAACAGUGACGAGAAAGAGCAACUUUUCCGAGAGAUUCAACCCAACGCGUUACAGUUAAUGACUGAUGUUUUUGGAAAUUAUGUCAUCCAGAAGCUGUUUGAGCACGGCAAUCAAGUACAAAAACGGGUGCUGGCUGAACAAAUGAAGAACCAUGUAAUGGAACUCUCAAUGCAGAUGUAUGGCUGCAGAGUUGUGCAAAAGGCCCUCGAACAUGUACUUGCCGAUCAACAAGCUGAACUAGUCAAGGAGCUUGAGGCAGAUGUCCUCAAGUGUGUCAAGGAUCAGAACGGCAAUCACGUUGUCCAAAAGGCUAUUGAGCGUGUUCCAACGGAACAUAUUCAAUUUGUCAUUGAAGCAUUCCGGGGCCAAGUCCACGUUCUCGCAACUCAUCCUUAUGGAUGCCGAGUGAUUCAGCGUAUUUUGGAAUACUGUCAACCUCGCGAUCAAGAACGAGUACUCGAGGAAUUACAUCAAUGUGCAUCGAACUUGAUUACCGAUCAAUACGGCAAUUAUGUUACUCAACAUGUCAUACAGCAUGGAAAGCCUGAAGAUCGUGCUAAGAUUGUCAAGAUUGUCACGGCACAGCUUUUGACACUAUCCAAGCACAAGUUCGCCUCGAACGUUGUGGAGAAGAGUAUACAAUUUGGCACGGAUGAGCAGAGACACACUAUUGUCUCUCUCUUAACAGCUCUUCAUAGUGAUGGUACAAGUCCUUUGCAAUUGAUGAUGAAAGAUCAAUACGGCAACUAUGUCAUUCAAAAACUUCUUGGGCAAUUGAAAGGUGCCGAAAGAAAUGGAUUUGUCGAAGACUUGAAGCCACAACUCUUGGCUCUCAAGAAAUAUAAUUAUGGUAAACAAAUUGCUGCUAUUGAAAAGUUGAUCUACGGUCAAGAUGACUCGCAGCAAUCAUAUACUACAUCGUCAACUGGUCCAAAAUCUGGUACUAUCACACAAUCAAUGGAGUCGAAUUCGAGUGCCCCAACUCCUCUGCUUACGAAUGGACAAAACAGUCCCCAAAGCAGCAGCAUCCCUAGCGCCAACGUCAGUACUAUUGACGAUCCAGCCGAUAGUACAUCUUCAGACAACACAACUGUUGCUGUCAACGAAAAGUCUUGCCCUGAAGUCGUUAUCAGUGGUGUUUAA